AUGGCGUCUUCUUCAACUUCAUCCGCUCAGACGAGCUUUAAGUAUGAUGUUUUUUUGAGUUUUCGAGGUGAAGACACACGUAAAACAUUCGUUGAUCAUCUCUAUCAUGCUCUUCAGCACAAAAGCAUCCACACUUACAAAGAUGACGAGAGAAUCAAGAAAGGGGAGAGGAUCGGUGAUGAGCUCAUCGAAUCCAUUGAAGACUCAAAGUUCUAUAUAAUUGUUUUCUCCARRAACUAYGCAUSWWSAUCUUGGUGYUUGGAUGAGCUUGUAAAGAUYAUGGAGUGCCAGACGAUSACUGAGCAUACUGCUUAUCCCGUCUUCUAUGAUGUGGAACCCACUGAAGUCCGCUACCAAAGUGGGGAAUUUGGAAAAGCUUUUGCUAAACAAGAAAAGAAAGAGGCUGCUGAAAAAUGGAGAAAGGCUCUAAAAGAAGCAGCCGAUCUUCACGGGUUUGACUUGAAGAACACUGUAGAUGGGCAUGAAGGUAAAUUUAUCCAAAAAAUUGUUGAAGAGAUCUCAUUGGAGUUGCGAUCCAUCAAUUUCUGCGUCGAUGAAAAAUUAAUUGGCAUGGAGGCUCGAAUAACGGAUGUUGUUUCAUCUUUAGAAAAAAAUAUUGAUGACGUUCGAAUGAUAGGAAUCAAGGGGAUGGGAGGUGGUGGGAAGACAACUUUGGCGAGAGCUGUUUUUGAUCGAAUAUCCUUUSGGUUCGAAGGUAGCAGUUUUGUUGAGAAUGUUAGGGAAAAUUCAAAUCCCAAUUUAUCCCAUUUAAAGGAGUUACAGAACCAAGUCCUUAAAGAUGUGCUAAAGGAUCAGGGCCUUARUAUAAGUAAUGUUCAUGAUGGGAAAAAGAUGAUAAAAAAGAUGAUGUGUUGUAGAAAGGUUCUUGUUGUUCUUGAUGAUGUGGAUCAUGUAGACCAACUAAAGGCGUUAGCGGGUGAGCUUAAUUGGUUUGGUAAGGGAAGUAGAAUUAUCAUCACAACAAGAGAUGAGCAAGUGUUGGUAGCACAUCGAGUGAGCUUGAUACGUGAUGUCGAUCUUUUAUCUGAAGAGGAAGCCAUUUGCCUCCUCAGUAGGUAUGCRUUUGGGAGASAGAGUCCAAUUGAAGAGUACAAAGAGCUAUCGGGACAAGUGGCAAGUUAUGCUGYUGGACUUCCCUUAACGAUCACAGUUUUGGGUUCGUUUCUGUGUGGUAAAAAUGAGCUUGAAUGGGAAGAUGUUAUAGAAAGACUAAAAACAAUUCCAUUGAAGGAAACUUUAGAAAAGUUGGAGUUAAGCUAUAUUGGUCUAGAGGAGGAUUACAAGGAAAUAUUCCUAGAUGUUGCAUGUAUAAUGAAAGGUUGGAAGAAAGAGAGGGCAAUCGAAGUGCUUGAAAGCUGUGGAUUUCAUGCUAGAAAUGGUUUAAGAGUUCUUGAGCAAAAAUCUCUCAUAACUAUUUUUGAAGAUGAGGAAUUAGGCAUGCAUGAUCAUAUAGAAGAAAUGGGCAAGAAUAUUGUUCGCCGCUUGCACCCGAGGGAGCCUUACAGACAUAGUCGAUUAUGGAUUGGAGAGGAAAUUGAAAACAUAUUGGCUAAUAAUCAGGGUACUGAAGCAACAACAGGUAUAGAAUGGAGUACAAACUCAAAACUCGAUCCAGAAAUUUUGAAAGGCCUUGGAAACAUGAAGAAUCUUAGAUAUCUUCUGCUGGAUCUUGCUUUAUAUUCGGAAUGUGAUGAAGUUAGCCAAUACCUUCCAAAUGCUUUAGGACAUCUAUGCUGGUUCAGGUACCCUUUUGAGUCCUUACCCAAAACAUUUGAAGCAAAUAAUCUUGUUGGACUUCACAUGAUCGGAGACAGAAUUGUACAAGUUUGGGAAGGGGGAGAAAGAAAGGUUCUUAAGAAGCUCAGAUUCCUUACUUUUCAAGAUUCAAAGUUGAAGAGCCUUGAUCUUGGUCUUUUUCCGAAUCUAGAGAAAUUAAAAAUUGAUGAUUGUGAUGAUUUUGAAGAACUUCACAUUCCCGUCGAAUGUCUAAGGCUCAAAUCCCUUGUCCUCGAAUCUUCUAAGUUGAGGACCCUUGACUUUCGAGGGAAUCCGUAUCUCGAGACAUUAACUCUUAUAGGAUGUCGUGAUUUGGAAGAACUUCACAUGUCCGUUGAAUGGCUAAGGCUCAAAUCCCUUUACCUCAGGUUUUCUAAGUUGAGGGCCCUUGACCUUCGAGGGACUCCGUAUCUCGAAACAUUAACUCUUAUAMAAUGUGAUGAUUUGGAAGAACUUCACAUGCCCGUUGAAUGGCUAAGGCUCAAAUCCCUUGACUUCGGGUCUUCUAAGUUGAGGGCCCUUGACCUUCGAGGGACUCCCUAUGUUGUUUGUUUUCGUGUGCUUCGUUUCAGCACUUCAUUGAAUCAAAGGAUCAUACCCUCUUCACAUGCCGUGAUGAACUUGAUGUUUAAUCUCGGGUCUCAUGAUUUGACUGCUUCUUCAGUCGUAUGGUCUUACAUCCCCGAUACAAACCGCAGAAGACGAAACAUUCUUCUAUGUAGAGCUGUGAAUGACGUUCAGGCAACCACAACAGAAGUCUCCAUGGAUGAUUUUGAGAGCUAUGUUGUUUGUCUUCGUGUGCUUCGUUUCAGCACUUCAUUGAAGCGAAGGAUCAUACCCUCUUCACAUGCCGUGAUGAACUUGAUGGUUAAUCUCGGGAUCUUGGACAAUGUUGCCGUAACGAGGACUCGAUCAUGUUCUAUAUGUCAGCAUAGAUAUCUUGUUGGUCCGAAUGUUUUGAUGUUUGCUUCGUACGUAGCAACUGAAACCGUCAAGACACGUGAACCGGGUUUAGGUGAUGUUUGA